GCGAGCUAGUUGCCCAGGCCUUCUUCCUUUGCUGCUCGCAGGGAAACGCUGCGCAGCAUUGCCGUUGGCGUUGCCGGCGUUGGCUGUUGCGCACCAAGUAGCGCUACCUACAUAAUACUAACAGUAGGGGGGUGCGUAUUGCUCUUUUGUGUCUCCUAAACCUGCACUUAGAGUAAACCUAGCAAAAUGUCGAUCGCAGGUGGAGCGACGGCGCUCGGCGCUAAGGCCACGUUUGUGAAUCCCGCGUCCCUUGUAAACAGCGCUGCUUCCAACCACUUGGCCCACACACCUGCUGCGGCGGCCCUGCCCCAUGCCCUUACACGCACAAACAGUCUCGGGUCCGGUUCUUUGUUUGCAAGCCUGUCUCUGGAUGGCUCUCCGAGCAGCUCGUACUCCGGCCAGAAGCUCAGCGGAGCGACUCAAAAAGAAAUAAAGCAAAGUCGGAAGAGGCAGGGUGGCGCGCUGAAUACGACCGCAGCAUUCGGCAACGUCUUGGGAGGCUUGUUUGGGGGUUCAAAGGGCGACGAUGGGUCAGCGACAGCGAAAAAGUAUGCGUCAAAUGUUGAGAAAAUCAACGGGCUUGAGGCGAGAAUGCAGGCGCUGAGCGACGAGGAGUUGCGGCAAUGGACAACGGAACUGCAGCGGAGGGUCCGGGGCGGGGAAAGUUUAGAUAUUGUGCUGCCCGUGGCAUUCGCAGUGGUUAGGGAAGCGUCUAAGCGGGUGCUGGGGCUCCGGCCUUUUGACGUGCAACUGAUUGGUGGUAUGGUGUUGCACAAGGGCGAGAUUGCGGAGAUGCGGACGGGGGAGGGCAAGACGUUGGUGGCCGUGCUGCCCGCGUUUCUGAACGCACUGUCUGGAAAGAGCGUGCACGUUGUCACGGUCAAUGAUUAUCUGGCACGGCGUGAUUGCGAGUGGGUGGGCCAGGUGCACCGCUUCCUGGGCCUCAAGGUGGGCCUCAUCCAAGCUGGCAUGACCUCCGAGCAGCGGCGGGAGAGCUACGCCGCUGACAUCACAUAUGUGACCAAUAGCGAGCUUGGGUUUGACUAUCUUAGGGACAACAUUGCAGGGGCGAGAGAGGACCUAGUGCUGCAGCGCGAGUUCAGCUACUGUAUCAUUGACGAGGUCGACUCCAUUCUCAUCGACGAGGCGCGCACGCCGCUCAUCAUCUCCGGGGAGAGCGACAAGCCGGGGAAGAAGUACGAGAUGGCCGCAAAGAUUGCAUCCAUUUUCGAGCGGGACUUCCAUUACACCGUCGACGAGAAGGCCAAGUCGGUCGUGCUCCAGGAGAAGGGCUACGAAGACGCGGAGGCAGCGCUUGCGGUCAAGGACCUUUACGACCCGCGCGAGCAGUGGGCGUCGUACAUUCUGAAUGCGAUCAAGGCCAAGGAGCUGUUCCUGCGGGACGUCAACUACAUCGUGAAGAACGGCGAGAUCUACAUUGUAGACGAGUUCACCGGCAGAGUCAUGGAGGGUCGGCGGUGGAGCGAGGGGCUGCACCAGGCGGUGGAGGCGAAGGAGGGGCUGGAGGUGCGCAACGAGACGGUGACGCUGGCGAGCAUCAGCUACCAGAACUUCUUCCUGCAGUACCCCAAGAUCUGCGGCAUGACCGGCACCGCCGCCACUGAGGCCAACGAGUUCAAGAACAUCUACAAGCUCGACGUCACGUGCAUCCCCACCAAUCGGCCCAUGGUCAGAAAGGACGAGAGCGACGUGGUGUUCCGUAGCGUGGACGGCAAGUGGCGCGCUGCGGUGGUGGAGGUUGUGCGCAUCCACAAGCAGGGCCGCCCCGUGCUGGUCGGCACCACCUCCGUCGAACAGUCGGAGCUCAUCUCGGAGAAGCUCACAGAGGCCGGCAUUAAGCACUCGCUCUUGAACGCCAAGCCCGAGAACGUGGAGCGCGAGGCCGAAAUUGUGGCGCAAAGUGGUCGGCGAGGCGCGGUCACGAUUGCGACCAACAUGGCAGGGCGAGGGACGGAUAUCAUUCUGGGGGGGAACGCAGAGUACAUGGCCAAGCUGAAGCUGAGGGAGGUCCUCAUGCCCAAGGUGGUGCGGAUAAACGACGAGGAGCUGCCCAAUCUGCGGGGCAAGAGGAUGAUCAUCCGGUCGUGGCGGACGUCCCCCGACCUGUACCCCGCUAAGCUGAAACCCGAAACGUUGGCCCUCGCCGAAGAGGCGGCCAAAGCUGCGGAAGAGGCGUGGGGCACAAAAGCAGUGCCGGAACUAGAGGCGGAGGAACGCCUCUCGAUUGCGGCGGAAAGGGCGCCGACGUCGGACCCAGUGAUUGCGAAGCUGCGCGAGGCGUUCAAUGCGAUGGAGGCCGAGUUCAAGACGUAUACGGACAAAGAGAAAGAGGAGGUCAUCAAGCUGGGGGGAUUGCACGUUGUAGGAACGGAGCGCCACGAGUCGCGGCGUAUUGACAACCAGCUGCGGGGCCGCAGCGGGCGGCAGGGCGACCCCGGGAGCACGCGCUACUUCUUGUCGUUGGAGGACAACUUGUUCCGCGUGUUUGGCGGCGACCGCAUGAAGAACCUCAUGACCGCGUUCCGCAUCGACGACCUGCCGCUCGAGUCGCGCAUGCUCACCUCCAGCCUGGACGAGGCGCAGAAGAAGGUCGAGCAGUACUACUACGAGCUCAGGAAGCAGCUGUUCGAGUACGACGAGGUGCUCAACAGCCAGCGCGAAAAGGUGUACGCGGACCGCCGCCAAGCGCUUGUCGCGGAGAGCCUGGAGGGCCAGAUGAUUGGCUACGCGGAGCGGACCAUGGACGACAUUCUGGAGGCCAAUAUUGACCCCACGCUGCCGCGCGACCAGUGGCCCAUGGAACCGCUCGUCGGGAAACUGAUCCAGUAUUGCUGGAUGCUGGAGGAUCUUACUCCCGAGCUGCUCAACGAGUACUGCCCGACUUACGAUAGCCUGCGCGACUACUUGCGCGAGCUGAGCCGCAACGCGUACCUAGAGAAGCGGCGCGCGGUGGAGGAGCUGAAGCCGGGGCUCAUGGACCAGGCGGAGCGUUUCUUCGUGCUGAGCCAGACGGACAACCUGUGGAAGGAGCACCUGCAAGCCAUCAAGUUCGUGCAGCAGGCGGUCGGCUUGCGCGGGUACGGCCAGAAGGACCCGUUGAUCGAGUACAAGCUGGAGGGGUAUAACCUCUUCCUCGAAAUGAUGGCGCAAAUUAGACGGAACGUCAUCUACUCGGUCUAUCAGUUCCAGCCGGUCAUUCAAAAGAACGAGGACGGCUCUACGGAGCUUGCAUCCAAGCCGUCCACAGAGGGGUCGGAAGAGGAAACAGCCAUCGAGCAACCUGUAGCUGCCACAAAUGGAGCCGCCGCCAAUGGCGUAAGUGAAAAGGUGGCAGUAGUGGCCGCUGCAUCCGGGGCUCGGCAAGGCGCCCCUGUGGGGGGCCGGCAACCAAAGGGGAAGGGCAGGUCAAAAAGGCGGUAGCUUUUCCAAUUUGUCGAUUAUUGCCGAUCAUUCGGACUUUUUGAUUGGUUUGAGUUGAGAUGAGAUAUGAGGGUGUCGAAUUUAAGGUUGUUUCAUGCUCAAGAUUUGGAAGGUCGUGUUAUAUAGCCGACAAUUCCGAAACGCUUCCGAUCAGUCGCAUUCAAUAUUGGCAUGCGUGCUUCGAGAGAUCGGAUCAGGCACGGUGUUGAUACAUCAAAGUUAUUUGAUGUCCGGUUGAGGAAGUAUGCCUUCGACGAGGCUUUCCCAAUCGAGCAUGAACUUGAUACGAUCAACCGCAAGGAAACCAUUCCUGAGCCUGAGGGUAGUGGAUCGUGGGUCAUGGGGCAUUAGGAUCAGCUACGACAUGUGGACGUGACGGUCGCCCUAACGAUUUUGCAUCGAACUAAGCCUCA